GGCGAAGCUAGCCACUUGGCGUGAUAAGAGCGAAAGGCGAAAACCUGCACGCGAUCAAGUGAGGUUAAAGUUACUUUAUAAUGACAUUCGUAGAGCACACGCCAGAGUCAAGACAUCUGCAUCAAUAAAGUGUUAACCACACGGAAAAGAAAUACGUUUUACACAUUUUUAGUCACUGAAAUUGUCUGUGUCGACUUAAAAUUACGAUCCACAACGGUAUGUACCGCCCCCAGUCGGCUGCCACGAUGCAGGAGACAGAACUGAUCAACAAGUCGAAGCGACAAGUCGGGAUGGCAAAGGAACCUCUGGAAAAGCUACGUCACCUCUGUCUGUCCAGGGGCGCCACCGGCAUCCUUGGGCUCGGUCGGUUCUUUCGUAACAUGGACGAUGACGGUAGCAAGGCGUUGAACCAGGCAGAGUUCACUGAAGGGAUGAAGGAGGCGGGCAUCGAACUCACGGAUGAGGAGAUCCAAGAACUCUUCACCCGUUUCGACACAGACGGCAGUGGAAGUGUAAAUAUGGACGAGUUCCUGGUCGCGAUCAGGCCGCCGAUGUCAGCGUCGCGUCUUAAAGUGAUCAACGAUGCUUUCAAGAAGAUGGACAAGACAGGAGACGGUGUCAUUCUGCUCGACGACCUCAGAGGCGUGUACUCGGUGAAAAACCACCCGCGGUACAUCAGCGGCGAGGAAACAGAAGAACAAAUCCUCAACAAAUUCCUGAGUAAUUUCGAGAGGGGAGGAACUGCCGGGGAUGGCAAGGUGACUGAGGAGGAAUUCGUGAACUACUACGCCGGUUUGAGCGCUAGUAUCGAUGACGACGGAUACUUCGAUCUGAUGAUGCGCCACGCGUAUAAUUUGUAAUAAUAAUAAUAAUAACGUGACGCUGCACAAUGUUUCAAAUUUAUAAAACGUAACUGUACCUCAGUAGAAAGGCUUUGUUUUAAAAAGCUUGAACGAAUUCUAUUACUGAACCUAAAUGUAUCAGUGAUUCAGCUUCAAGAUUAUUGCUAUCCAAGAACGAAAUUAGAUUUCGUUCUAUUAUUACGUAAAUCCUUUAACCGCCCGUAACGAUGCUACAAAUGACCAAAAUCUCUUCCACGACCAGUCUUGGGGACAAAUAUUUUUCCCGAAAUAUUCGUCUUGCGCCAGUGUCCUUCAGCCCGACACACGUCGAAUUGUGGAAUUAACAGAGGUUUUGGAACGUAUCCGCACAAGAAUUAAUUACUCACUCACGUACGUUCUGAGAAAUUAAAGAAACAAACCGACCUUUGAUGUGUGCAACACUGGCACAUGUAUCAACCUUUUGAAGAAAAAUCACUGCGAUACGUAACUUUUUAACCACAACUCCAUACAAACUAAUUUCGGAAUAUCCCUACAUUUUGACUAAUGGUUCAAAGGAUUUGUGUACCACAUUAAUUAAUGCACAUAUUAAAUAAAACACCACAACGGCCUUAGCAAAAAAAAAAUAAUGUAAGCAGUAAAUACUGUAAACUGCUAUAUGUACCGCUUAGAUUGAUGUUACGUUUAGAAUUACUGUAUUCCUGUAAAAAAUAACUUCAAGAUGGAAUUAUGCCUGAAAUAUACGAAUAAAAUUUUAUAAACUCUG